UACCCUGGAAACUUUGGAAAUUCCAAGACAAAUUUUUAACUCUCCAUUGUUCUCUGAAACUUAUCUUACCGCUAGAAUUUAUUAUUGAAUAAUGUAUAAUGAAACACUGAAACUUUGAAAGCUGCUGAUAUACAUAAGUAUGACAUAAGGGAGAUUAUCUUAACGAUUGUUGAUGUUCAUAUUCGACCGUCGUCUGGUUCAUGUAUUGUAUACCAGAGUAAGAUCUUGGUUUCUUACUUAAAUUCAUCAAGUUUGUUUCACUACUGUUGUUCUUGCACCAUGCGAUUGGCGUUCAUAUUUAAGCCCCGAAUAUUGCAAACAAUUCAGUAAAUUUAGUUAGAGUUGAUAUUCUAGUUUGAAAGGCUUUUUCAAACACUCGCUCGUUGUAACAAUGCAUAGUGUUUAUGGCCGUUUGUUGUCGCGUUCCAUAGUCAGUGGAUUGUAUAACUGUUCAAGCUCCAAUAAUUCUAGUGGUUCUUCUCGAACAAGCGUUGGGAAUUCUUCAAACGAAACUGUCUCGAUCAAGUCUAAGCCAAAGUUGGUUUCUGCUGUUGCUGGUUUCCCUAAAAGUUUUAGAUCUGGCAAAGUUCGUAAGGGCCAAAUAGGUGAUGAUGCUUGGCUUAUGAAAAACAUAGACAGUGCAGAUAUCCUAGCUGUUGCUGAUGGUGUUGGAGGAUGGAGAGAUUAUGGAGUUGACCCUAGUGAUUUCUCGUUAUCACUUAUGCGCUCUAUAGAAAGAAUAACCACAGUUAGCAGUCCUUGUAAUUUUCGAAAUCCUGUUGAUCUCUUAUCUGCUGCCUUUCGUGAGUUACUUCAUUCUAAGCGGCCAAUUACAGGAAGCAGCACUGCCUGUAUUUUAAUUCUCGAGCAUGAGUCUAACAACUUAUUUACUGUCAAUAUUGGAGACUCUGGAUUUUUAGUAGUUCGAAAAGGUCGUGUAGUUCACAAAUCUGAAGAACAACAACAUUAUUUCAACACACCAUUUCAGUUAGCCUUACCUCCCCCAGGGCACCAUGGUUCUGCUCUGAGUGAUAGUCCACAGUCUGCCAGCCAAAGUCAGUUUGCUGUACAAGAUGGUGAUGUCAUACUUCUUGCGACGGAUGGUGUCUUCGACAACGUGCCAACCCCAAUACUUGUAGCAGAACUCAGCAAACUUGGUGGUGUAAAAGAUCAAUUAUGUGUUCAACAAACUGCGAAUAGUAUUGCCUUGAUGGCAAGAAAUUUGUCGUUUGACGGAAGAUACAUGUCACCUUUUUCCCAGAGAGCUCGAGACUAUGGAAUCCGGGCUAUUGGUGGAAAACCUGACGAUAUAACGGUCCUUUUAGCAACGGUCGCGAUUUAAAAUUAAUUCGAUCCGUUUCAUCCGAUUCUGUAGUCUGCGAAUAUUAGGUUUCACGGUUAUGGAUUAGCUAUUGUAAAUCGCUAUGCCCAUGUUUCUUAUAUGAAAUCAGUCGUAAAUCAAAGUGAUCCUAGAAUUAGAGAUUGAAAUGCUCACUGGUUUGUAUAUAUGUAGUGUCAAACACGUUAGAGCAAUGCCCGAAAUAUUGCAAAGGAAAUCAGAGGCGAAAAUCGUAAUACAAGACGCAAUUAAAA